AUGGAGUUUGAAGAGCACAGACAUCAUGUUCCAUUCUCUUUUUGAAUUGUUAACAUAUUAUUGAAUUCUGGAAACUUUGAAAUUGUGGAAUGUUCUUUAGUUGCUCAAGCAACUCCUUGCUGUCAAUGCAUCACCAAUUAAUGUACAUUUAGGCAUUCUUUUACAAGCAAAAGUGGUUUAUUUAUGUAGUUUUGCACAGUAAAAGAUUGAUCUAUUUCGCAAGGUUAACUAACAAUGAGACAGUGGGACCAACAGACAACCUUUAGACUUUAGGUAAAAGAUUAUGAUAUAUUUUCUUGGAUCCAAAGUACGAACGUGAAUGAGGGUGAUUGCUGUGCUUUCAGUAUUACAAGAAGUCUAUCUUGACCAAGUGGAAGAUGAAGUUUGAACACCUACUCUCGGAUAUCAAUGGAUUUGGACGGUUCCAGAUGAUGAUCAUUAUCAUCAGCUUCAUUGCUCGAUUCACCCUGCCAUGUCACUUUAUGCUGGGUAACUUUAUAGCGGCCGUACCCUCUCACCACUGUGAUCUCAGCGCUCUGGAUGAUGAGGGCGUCUUUGGGAAUCUGACCCAGGAGCAGAGACUGACUGUCAGUAUUCCAGUACAGGAAGAUGGGACUCCAAGCUCCUGUAAGAUGUUCCCAGAGUCCCAGUUCCACCUCCUGUCCAACUCUAAUGACAGUGACCUAGCUACAGUCCCCUGCCAGAAUGGAUGGUUAUAUGACAACAGCACCUUCAAAUCCACUCUUGCUACAGAGGUAUGCUUUUCUGUCUCUUUGUCACUAGACUAUACAAGUCGAAAGGUAAUGAUGUAGUCAAUGAAUGUCUCAUUGAAUGAAAGGUCAUGUUGUACUCAUUGAAUGUCAUUCUUCGACCUCUACAGAUGGUUGCAUAUAAAUUAAGUGUUAUUUGUAAGUACAAAUCUCAUUGAAUGCAUCUUUGAAUAUUGUUGCAGUGCUAGCAACUCAAUGAUAGUCUUUCACAAAAGGUAAGUAGAGAGGCCGUUCUCAUUUAUACUGUACCUUGAAUGAGUUGUCUGUUUAUUCUUAUUUCUACCUCUCACAUCAGUGGGACUUGGUGUGUGACCAGAAAGGGCUAAAUAAGGCGACGGCCACCAUCUUCUUCAUGGGCGUGAUGUUCGGAGCAAUGACCUUUGGUAGUCUAAGUGAC